ACCAACUCAAAUGUACAAGCUAUCGAGCCAAACAAUCAUAAUAAUGAAGAUCCGAUUGAAUUAAACUUACAAACUAUCAAACCAAAUGAUGAUGAAGAUUGGAAAUCAAAUGUACAAUCUAUUGAACUAAGUGAUCAAGCUAUUAAAGACCCAAUAAAUCCUGAUUUUCAAACCCGUGCACUAUUGUCAGAUAUUCAAAUUAACUCUGUUACUCCAAGUCAUCCUGGUAUUUAUAGUCCUGGAAACCCUCAUCCUAAUCACAAAACUGUUGCAAAAAAAUUGGGGCUAGAUACGGAACAACAAAGAAAAAUACCUGAAAUCAGAAGUGAAAUCCAAGCAAAAUCAGAAACAAAAAAUUCACCCACCCAUAAUG